AUGGCGGCGGCGCGGCCGGGUCCGGCCUCGGCGGGCGGCGGGCGCUGGGAGGUGGUGCGGAAGGGCCGGCGGCCCACGGGCGGCACCGGCAGCCGCCGCGCCCUGGGCGAGGCCAAUGCGGGCCGCGCGCUGCCCGUGGCCGCUCCCAUCGCCACCUCCGACACUAUCUUCGAGCUGGGGUUUGAGCGGCCGCUGAAGAAGCAGAACAAGGAGCAGGUCCCUCCCGCACCAGCACCUGAGGCACCGCACCGGAAACAGCACCCAGGGAAGAGCACGAAGAAGCCGUCGGCAAACGACACCGGCGUCAAACCGGGCAAAUGCCGCUCACUGGAGGAAGCUCUGAAAGCCCUGGACCUGACAGACCUGCAGAAGGAGCUGGGCAAAAGCCAGAGCGUGUUCCCCGAGAACCCUUCUGUCUGGGUGAAGGACCUGGCCGGCUACCUCAACUACAAGCUGCAGGCACCCAGGAGUGACCCCCUGCUCAGCCAGCACCCUCACGACUACCCGUACUGCCUGCUGAGCAAGGAGCUGAAGAGCAUCAUCAGGUCCCUGCUGGGAAAGUCAUCCAGCGUGCUGGAGCUCUUCUUCGACCACUGUAUUUACACCAUGCUGCAGGAGCUGGACAAAACCCCAGGGGAGUCUCUGCACGGGUACAGGAUCUGCAUCCAGGCUGUGCUUAUGGACAGGCCCAAAAUUGCCACCACAAACCUGGGCAAGUACUUGGAGGUGCUGCGAUCCCACCAGAACAAGCCAGUGAAGUGUCUGACUGUGCUCUGGGCGCUGGGCCAGGCCGGGUUCACUGACCUGCAUGAGGGCCUGAAAGUGUGGCUUGGCCUCAUGCUCCCGGUGCUGGGGAUCAAGUCCCUCUCCCCAUACGCUGUUGCCUACCUGGACCGCCUGCUGACGUUGCACCCGAACCUGACCAAAGGCUUUGGCAUGAUUGGGCCCAAGGAUUUCUUCCCCCUCCUGGACUUUGCCUUCAUGCCCAACAACUCGCUGAUGCCCAGCCUGCAGGAGCAGCUGCGGCGGCUCUACCCUCGCCUGAAGGUGCUGGCAUUUGGCGCGAAGCCAGAGACAACGCUACACACCUACUUCCCCUCCUUCCUCUCCCGAGCAACACCCACCUGCCCUCCCAGCAUGAAAAAGGAGCUCCUGACCUCCAUGAGCCAAUGCCUGAGCCUGGACCCCCUGAGCUUCAGCGUCUGGAGGCAGCUCUACACCAAGCACCUUUCCCAGUCCAGUUUGCUUCUGAACCAUCUUCUGGAGUCUUGGGACGGCAGCAGCCAGAAGGUGCGUCAGUCACUGCAGGAAACGGUUCGCUCCUUCAAAGUGACAAACGAGGAGCUGUCGGCGAGAGGGCCUGGCGGCAACCGGGACGUGGCUGCCUGUGAUGCUGCCUGCAAGGAACUACUGCGCAAGAUGAAGGGCCGGGGCUUCCCCUGGGCCCGGCUGCUGCUGGUCACCCUCGUCUUCGUGGCCGGAUUCCUCCUGCACGAUGUGCGGACACACGGCUCCUUCCAGGACUCCUCUACCGCUCGCCUGCUUCACUCCUCAGGCAUCCUGCCAGCCUCACAGCAAGCCUGGCAGAAGGUCUGGCACUGCUGCCUCAAGGGGUACAGGUGGCUGGAGCGGAGCGUGCCUGCCGGCGGGGCACAGGCAGCCGCCAUCCUGCAGCCACAGCUGGAGCUGCUGUGGGCGUGGGGCAGCACAGUGACUCAUGCCGCAGGCGAGCACUGCUGGUCCCUGCUCUCCUGGGUGCUCAGCAGCCUGCCCUGCUGUGCCGAGUGGCUCCAGUCUCGGGUCCCAGAACCACUGCUGCACUUCGCUGAGUGUGUCCGAGAGCUGCUUCUCUUCCUGGUGCGGAGCUGCCUGUGGCCACUUCUGGAGGGCCUGGCCACCAUGCUACAACGGGGCUGGCAGCGCUGUCUGGACUCCUGCAAUGGCACGCUGUCGUGGGGCUGCUUGAAGGAGCACCUGGUUGACUUUACCUCCUCCUCUUGGAUUUACCUGCAGAACACAACCCAGGCCCUCACCGAUUGGGCACUGGCUGUGCUCUCAGGCCACUGAGCUGCUGUGGGCACUGGCCAUGCUCUCGGGCCACUGAGACACAGAGGACAUGGCCAGGCCCCCUCCUGUGCCCUGGCUGCCAAGGAGCCCCUGGGGCACAGGGGAAAUGUGGGAUGGGCCAUGGGGAUGCACUGGGGUUGUGGGCUCAAGUUGGGGUUAAGGGGGAGGGGGUUUGCUGGGGCAACAGGUGGCCGGAUCUCCCCCUGUGCAGAGGCCUCAGCAUCAUCCCCCCCUCCACAUCUGAAUGAACCUGUUGGAUUUUUAUUGUU